CACACAGGUCGAGAGCUCGAGGUGUUCGUAAUCAACCGCGCGUUGCUGUCCUAUUGCAAAGCGCUGCACCUGGGCAAGGCGACGGCCAUCUUCAACCUUAUGCACCCUCACCCCACCAGGCUCUCCUACAGCACACACACCGAGGGCCUCCCCGAGCCGCUAUGCGAGCCAGACGAUGACACCUAUGUGAUCUACAUGAAUCUGUUGGAGAAGAUCGCCGACUUGUCGAGGAAAGGGCAAGUGAACUACAUCAAGGAGCCGAUCCCCUCGCAGGAGGAGGUGCUGGAGCUGGCGAAGCAGGCCUACGGCAUGGCGCUGCAGACCAUGAUGAUCCCGCCGUACGAUGUCUUCGCCCGCAUGCUCAGCCUCUACGUCGGCGCAAAGCAGAUCGGCCGAGCCGACGUUGUCUUCUCGCAAAUGAAGGAGGCCGGACACGACCCCCGGCCCGAGCACUACCGACAGCUCAUCGAGGGAUUCCGUUCGGUUGGGAAUCAGAGCGCAGCGCAAAACCUGCAGCGCGAGAUGCAACGGAGGCACAGUGAAUAG